GAGGAAAAGGUAUGUUAAUUAAUGUAAAUGUUGGGCUAGGCUUAGGACAGGAGCCCAGAGUGUUUCCCCAGUGAGGACCUGAGAGGCUGAGAGCGGAGGAAAGGGAGAGGCAGAGACAGAGGCACAGACAGAGGGAGAGAUGACCAGUCUAAUGGCCAGUUCCCUGCGGAGGCUCCGGGCUGUGUGGCCGGAGACAGGGACAGAGACAGGGACCCCAGGAGUCGGGCAGCAGGUACAGGAGCUGCAUGUGCUCCAGCAGAAGAGGAUCAGCGAGUCCCCUCUCUUAUACGCUGCCAAAGAAAACAUGGUUCAGGAUAUCAAGAAGCUGAUCCGAUGCCCCUCGAUCGACAACUUCCAAACAGGCACCAUGGGGGAGACAGCACUGCACAUCGCCAGCACGUACGGUAAUUACCAGGCUGUAGUGACUCUUCUCGAAGCAGUUCCUGAACUCAUCAAUCUACCGAUCACUGGCGAGCUUUACCAAGGAGAAACAUCGCUGCACAUCGCGGUGGCGAACGGCAACGUGGGUCUGGUGAGAGAGCUGAUCAGACGAGGAGCUGACGUGGUGACACCGCGAGCCACCGGAACCUUCUUCAGGCUGGGUGGCACCGGGAUCCUUUACUACGGUGAGCACGUGCUGUCCUUCGCCGCGUGUGUUGGCAACGAGGAGAUCGUCAGGAUCCUGAUCGAGAACGGAGCAGAUAUCAAAGCGCAGGAUUCCCUGGGGAACACUGUUCUCCACGUGCUGGUGCUGCAGCAGACACAGUUGCCGGUGGCCUGUCAGAUAUACGAUGUCCUCCUGUCCUCUGAGUGGCCACAGAACGAGGUCCGUCCCGACACCAUCCUGAACAGGGACGGGCUGAGCCCCCUCAAGCUGGCAGCCGCCGAGGGCAACUUGCAGAUGUUUGAGCACCUGGUGAAGAAGCAAACGUGUGGUAUGGAGCCCUUUGUCAGGCAUCGGACCUCCACAUACUACAACCUCUCCGAGAUUGACUCCUGGGACGGCGACUGCUCUGUGCUCGACCUGGUGAUCUCCAGCCAUAAAACCCAGGCUCUGAAGCUGCUCCAGGUGGCUCCCGUGCAGCAGCUGAUCAGUUUGAAGUGGGACAAAUUCGGCAAGUGUUACUUCCGGCUGUUGUCCUGCACCUACCUCGCUUACAUCAUCAUCUUCACCUGCUGCUGUGUCUUCCGCCCCCUCCAGCUACGGCCCGACAACGCCACCAAUGAUAGAGACACCACCAUUUACGUGGAGAAGCCACUGCGGGAAAGCUACCAGACCCCUGGAGACUAUGUGCGUCUGGUGGGUGAGCUCAUCAGCCUGUUUGGGGCCAUCGCCAUCCUUGUGAUAGAGACGCACGACAUAUUGCGAUACGGACCGAAGAAAUACUUUGGCAAGUCAGUGCUGGGGGGGCCUUUCCACGUCAUCAAUGUGUCUAUGGCAGUGCUGGUGCUGCUGGUUGUGUUAUUGAGGUUGGCUGGGGUGGUGGGGCAACCGGAGCCCAUGUCGCUGGCUGUGGUGUUGGCCUGGUGUAACCUCAUGUAUUUCGCCCGCGGCUUCCAGCUGCUCGGACCCUUCAGCGUCAUGAUCCAGAAGAUUAUAUUUCAGAUUAUUCUGCCCUACCUGCUGCUCAUGUUCGUUGUGCUGUUUGCAUUCACAUGUGGUAUCUACCUGUCUUUCCAAGAGGACCCCGACAAGUGGGAACGCUUCAGUGACUUCAGCACCACCCUCUUCAACAUCUUCAUGCUGUUCUUCGGGCUGGUCAACAUGCCGCUCAAUGGGAAAAUGCAAAAGCCGGACAUGGCACAGCUGCUGUACACCGCCUACACACUCCUCGCCUUCGCCCUCAUGGUCUUCCUCAUCAUCCACGUCAUGUCCGAGCUCAUCCGCAGGUUGAUCAGGGAGCGGGACGAGAUAUGGAGAGGCCAGGUGGCGGCCACCACAUUGCUGCUGGAACGGCGACUCCCCAGAUGCCUCUGGCCGCGACUGGGAAUCUGUGGGACACCAUAUGGCCUGGGAGACAGCUGGUUCCUCCGGGUGGGCGACGGGAAGGACACCGAAUGCUGCCGGUGAGGGCCUGAAACAGGGUCGGGUCGGGGGUGGGGAGCGGAGAGACUGAGGGAAGGUCGCAGGAAGACAAACGUCCGAACAAGAUCAAGGCUGAGCGCAAGGCAGUUUCUCUUUCUCUCUCUCUCCCGUGUCCCGGCUGACAAUCUUCCCAAAAUAAAUAAAAAUUGAUUCACUC